ACCGACAUCCGCUUUGGGCGUAGGGCAGCCGGAGCAGAGACCGCCAUGGUGCGAUUCAAGCACAGGUACCUGCUCUGCGAAGUCGUGUCUGAUGACCCCCGCUGCCGUCUGAGUCUGGAGGACCGAGUGCUGGGCGGCCUCGUACGAGACACAAUCGCUCGCGUGCACGGGACUUUCGGCGCCGCCUCCUGCUCCAUCGGCUUCGCGGUGCGAUACCUCAAUGCCUAUACUGGAAUAGUGCUACUUCGAUGCCGGAAAGAAUUCUACCAACUCGUGUGCUCAGCUCUUCCUUUCAUCACAUACUUGGAGAACAAAGGACACCGUUACCCGUGUUUUCUUAACACUUUGCACGUGGGAGGUACAAUCCGAACAUGUCAGAAGUUCCUGAUUCGUUACAACAGGAGACAGCUAUUGAUGUUAUUGCAGAACUGCACUGAUGAAGGAGAGCGGGAAGCUAUCCAGAAGUCUGUCACAAGAAGCUGUUUACUAGAGGAGAGGUCAGAUGAGGAGCAGCUUUCAGAUAGUGGCAGUGAGGAGCCUUCUGAAGCAAUGGAGUGAAUUUCUGCAGGCUAUGCUGUGCCCAAGAUUCAGGGCCCACUUGUUGGAACAGGACAUUUUGGGAGGCAGCAGCAUCUACUACGGUUUCCCAAACUGGAUGACUGCUGACCAGAGGCCAGGUUAUCAGCUUAAAAUGGAGGACGUGUUCACUUAAACUGAAGUCACUUUUACCUACUAGUGCCUGGUUAAGUGGUUCUGCAGGUGAAGCCCCUGUGGUUACAGACAUCUCUGUAUCUAAUUGCCUGGCCAGAGUAGGUUUAAUAAAUGUCCUUGGCUUCUGUAGCAUUUAGCUUACUUAUGUUCAAGUUUGGCCAGGUCUCCUUCCCCCUCAACCCCUGGCCUCACUGGGAAGACUGGCUCCCCUAUAGGAUAGCAGAUGCAUAGCCCCCCACUUGAGCCCUGUGCCCCAAUCCCUAGGAUGAACCCUAAGUAUUCCAAGUCACUCAGAGUAAGUGUAUUGGUGAGACACAGCAAGUGAACUGGUACAAAUUUAUAGCUGGUCUCAGUCCUGACCCACAGGGCCUUAAAAAUGCCAGAUUCCUUACCAAUAAUAAUCAGGUAACAGGAUGACAGUUUUUGCACUUUUCUUGAGGGGGAACAAAACCUAGCCUUGCCUGACAUCACUACAAAGCCAAGCAGCAGUUGCCAACUUCUAGUAGUUUUCUGCAAUUCCUCCCUUCCCUACUGUCUUUCACCUGACAGGUACCUGAAAACCCGUGACCCUGCCAGACUCACAGAAGCAGGAAGGUUUUGAUCUACUACCUACUAAUGACAUUUCUAGGAUGUUUUUUUGAAUAAAACAUGUUAUUCGGAGUCCCUUACACAUUUAACAGAAGGAUUUGUAAUUUUUGUUUCAACAUGUCCCCUCAUUUUCAGGGCUGAAACACACUCAUCCACCCAGGAGAGUUCCUAUUCCAGAAUUUCUGAACCUCUUCCUUUUAAGAAUGACGGGUUAAAGCUAAGCCCAACUCAAGAACCCUUUGGGCCUGACACCAGGAGAGACAUUGCUCCAUGAUAAGAGUGCUCAAACUUCUAGUGUUGUUACUUUAACCUAUUUAAGGGGGAGCCUGGGUGGCUCAGUCAGUUAAAUGUCCAUCUGACUCUUGAUUUUUUUCAAGUCAUGUUCUCAGGGUUCGUGAGUUCGGGCCCCCACUGUCAGGGACUGUGCUGACAGUGCAGGGCCUGCUUGAGGGAUUCUCUCUCUCUCUCUCCCCUCUCCCACACUCUCUCAGAAUAAACUUUAAAAAAAAAAAAAAGUCUUAACCUAUUUAAGAGGUAUGUCUAUCUAACCUAUAAUGAACUUUAAAAAACCAGAAAGUUCGCAUUGCUUGUGCAAGUGAUUUAUUGCAACUAUUUGCCUUCACAUUCUACUAUACCUAGAGGUCACUUUAUUAAGCAGCAAAAUAAUUCACAUCACUCAAAUUCAGCUGAAACCAAGGCAUAGACCGCUUCAGACAAAAGGAGGCAGUGGGUACCCCACCGCUUUCAAACCUGCCCUACUCUGCCGCUCCUACAACUGAGGCCACUGUCACUUUUAACAGGCUUGACCUAAAAGUUGGCAGGUUCCAGGCCUUCUUUAGUGACAAUUACACCUUUCCUUGCCAAACAGAAGCCACAUUCAAGAGGUGUAAAACCCUCCAUCACAUAUGUAAGCAACCCAGGUCUGGCACCACAGCUGACCAUUUCUCAGAAGAAAAACUGCAAUUCAGGCUGGGUAUCCUAAGUCUGUUUUAUUCCCAUCCUUCUGUUUCUUUAACAAGAGGAGAACUAAACAGGAAAGAUUCAACUGUUUUUAAAAGACACACUGAUAGGUGUGUUGAAGCCAUGAUGCCCUGACAUGUCAGUAGAACAGUGCUAGAACACUCUGGUUUGGGCUGCUCUGCGGGAUGCUGAAGGAACUCAAACUUAUUUGGGUUGAGAAAAACUAAUUACAUGGGGCAAAAAGACUAACCUGGUAACAAACAAAAUCUUGGCAGGAAGAGAGAUCUCUUGUGUGUCAAUACUUUAUUUUGGUGUAAAGACGGGAAGCUGGAAAAUACACUGUAUUUAAAAUUUUCUUGGUUCCCCCUCACGCUGUGGAAACCCCCUCCCCCCAGAGCUAAUCUGUUCAAACUCAAAUACUUAAAAAUUA